UUUCGACCAAAGCCAAAGCAAUGAUGGAUCAAGUACUCUCUUGCAUCAUAAAAACCCCUUUAGCACCACCAUCACUUGCUCAGCUUACAAUAAGGUUCAAAAAACCUUAUGGCUUGUCUUUUUCGUCGAGAGGCAAUUAUCAUCCGAAGAUGAUGUUAGCAAAAGCGUCUCGUACAGUGAAGCUGAUCAGUCCGGAGGGUGAGGAGCACGAGAUAGAAGGAAACGAAGAUUGUUGCAUACUUGAAUCCGCAGAGAAGGCGGGAUUAGAACUGCCAUACUCGUGUAGGUCAGGGACUUGUGGGACUUGUUGUGGGAAGCUGGUGUCGGGGAAAGUGGAUCAGUCACUAGGAUCCUUUCUUGAGGAAGAACAGAUUCAAAAGGGUUACAUCCUCACGUGCAUCGCACUACCACUAGAAGAAUGUGUCGUUUACACCCACAAACAAACCGAUCUUAUAUGAGUUUACACAUGCUUGCCUCAGGCUUUUGAA